CGGCUUCUUGUUCUGUAGCCUCAUCCUAGCGAUCCUUUUCAAACUCUUUAUACUUCAAACUUUUAAACCCUAUGAGUUCCCAAUUCCAUUUCCUAAAAUUCCAAUCUCUGUAUCUCUUACGGACUCUCUCUUACGGACAUGGAUAGAAAAGAUACACGCGUGCAUAAAUGCCAUUGCCAUUGAAAACUGGCUGCAGGGAUCGAGAGAGAUAGAAGGGGGGGGACCAGUAGUGAUCCCGGCCAUCUCAAAAGCAGAAAUGGUGUUGAAAUGAAGGAGCGUCAGCGGUGGCAGCCAGAGGAAGACGCACUCCUCAGAGCCUACGUUAAGCAAUAUGGCCCCAAAGAGUGGAAUCUCGUCUCCGUCCGCAUGGGGCAGCCCCUCCAUCGCGACCCCAAGUCCUGCCUCGAGCGCUGGAAGAACUACCUGAAGCCCGGCCUAAAAAAGGGCUCUCUCACCACGGAAGAACAGUCCCUCGUCGUAUCCCUCCAGGCCAAGUACGGCAACAAGUGGAAGAAGAUCGCCGCCGAGGUCCCUGGACGCACGCCAAAGCGCCUCGGCAAGUGGUGGGAGGUCUUCAAGGAAAAGCAGCUCAAACAACAGCAGCAGAACCAGAAGAAGAAGAACGGCAGUAACGCACCCGAAUAUGCCGACUGUACCGACGUGAAUAUUCCAGUUGUGGAAUCUCCGGAGAAGGCCGCCCAGGGCCCGUACGAUCACAUCUUGGAGACUUUUGCUGAGAAGUACGUGCUGCAGCCCAAGCUCUGCACGUUCCAGUCCCUGAAUGGCAGUAUGGCUCCGGCGCUCCCAUGUAUUUCGGUGCCCGAUACGGGUCCCAUUCUGUCUCUCGGGUCGACUACAUCUUCUUCGACGACGUCGACCAUGCUUCCCUCGUGGAUGAACAUGAUUCCUUCCGGUACGAUGUCUUCUUCUACCACCUCGUCGACGCCGUCUCCAUCGGUCCGUCUGUCCCUUUCUCCGACUAAACCACCUAUGGACCCGGAUUCAAAUCCAAUCCUCUUAUCUCCGGAUCGACAGAUGACUACGCUAAUCCAGUACUGCAAGGAGGUAGAGGAGGGGAGGCAGAGCUGGGUACAGCACAAGAAGGAGGCGAAAUGGAGGCUGAGCAGGGUGGAGCAGCAGCUGGAGUCGGAGAAAGCAAGAAAAAUGAGAGAAAAGAUGGAGGAGAUAGAGGCAAAGAUAAGAUCACUGAGAGAGGAAGAGAUGGCGUUUGUGGGUAGGAUUGAGAGGGAGUACAACGAAGAGGUGAGAGCAUUGCAGAGAGAUGCAGAAAGCAAGGAGGCAAAGUUGGUGGAGGCAUGGCGUAGCAAGCAUGUGAAGCUGACUAAGCUCGUGGAGCAGAUUGGAUUACUCAAUAACACUGCCCCAAAGGGCAAUCACUAAUUAUUCUUCCUUCCUGGCCCUUUGGACCACCAUGUUUGUCACUGAUUUUGCUUUAAACUUAGUAAUGUACAACUCCUUUUGCUUUAUAAAUUAUAAUGCAUGCUAAUUUCUUUCGUAUUA